AUGAUGAGCCAGGUUUAUGUUCCAGUGGCGCUGGCGGACAACGGCUGGCCUGACAACGUGAAGAAGGACUUCACCUCGCAGGUGCAGAAGUUCAUGUCCACGGUGACGGAGAUGAGCUUCCAGGCGAAGGGCAAGACUGUCCUCUACAUUCCACAGGACAACUUCAGCAACGUGGAUGCGGCCUCGAAGGACAAGGAUGUAGUGCAGAGAUUAGAAAUAUGCCUCAUCCACUGGACUAGACAGAUCAAGGAGGUCACCACACAGCAUGACUCGACGACAGAGGGCGAGUACAACGGGCCUCUGCACGAAAUUGAGUUCUGGCAUGCGCGAGACAACAACCUCUCAGGGCUGCACGAGCAGCUCCAAAGUGCCAGGCUUCAAAGGAUACUGACCAUCCUCGAGCACGCGAAAUCUGACUACCUGAAGCAUUUCAAGGAACUCGAGGAGAGAAUCAAGCACGGGUCCAUCGAGGCCAAGGAGAAUCUGAAGUUCUUGAGUUUCCUCAAGGAGCCAUGCGAGAAGCUCGCGGAGGCCAAGCCACCGGAGAUCCCCAAGCUGCUGCCCCAGCUGCUCAACUACGUCCGCAUGAUCUGGCAGAUCUCGACGCACUACCGGUCCGAGGAGCGGAUCUCCAGUCUUCUGAGGACGAUUAGCAACGAGAUCAUCCGGCGCUGUCAGGCAACAAUCGAGCUCUCGGACAUAUUCCAGGGGAAGGUCGAGUCCUCCAUGGUUCAGUUGCAGCAGUCCAUCGACUGCGGACGGGACUGGAAGGCGGUCUACCUCAACACGGUACGUAUCAUCGAGAAGAACACGGACACCCCGUGGACCUCCCAGGAGGGGGCCAUCUUCCCCCAGAUCGACGCCUUCGUGCAGCGUUGCUGCGACCUCCUGGAGGUCUGCGAGGGGCAGCAGCAGUUCGUCACGUCUGCUCGCGAGAGCGCCGGCCAGAGCCCCAUCUUUGGGGGAACCCGAGCACCAGAAACCAUGAAGGAGCUAGGCGUAAUCGAGAAGCAGUUCUUGACGAAUCUGCGCCGCUUGGAGAACGUGGACUACGACGUCCUGGACGUGCGUGCGGGAAAGUGGCAGGACGACUUCACAAUGUUCAAGAAGCAGAUGAGAGAUCUCGAGGUUAUGUACACGAAUGUCAUCAACAACGCUUUCGACGGCGUUGGAACAGUGCAGUCUGCGGUCGAGGUCCUGGAUGGGUUCUAUCUCCUGGCCAAGCGUGAGCGCAUCAAAGCCCACGUGAGCAAGAAGGGCGAGCACCUGCACCAGCUGCUGACGAAUGAGACCAACAGCAUCAAGGCCGAGCUCGAUAAGUUCAGGCGCCAGACGACGGUUCCGACACUGCUGCCAAUCAUCCAAGGCCACCCGAAUUAUGCCGGGACAGCGCUGGCAGUGAAAGGCCUGAUGUUGCGGCUGCAGCGGCAGAUGGAGGAGCUGAAUUUGCUGUGCUACCUUGACCCCGGCCGCGAUCACGACAAUUCGAAGGAGGGGUAUAACAAUAUCCAUACGAGCAUGGAGAAGUUCGUGUUGGACACCUUCAAGGAAUGGGUCUCAGAGCUCAAAGGCAUGGAAACAGAGAGUGAUCUGCAAAAGCGUCUCAUGAAGGGCUUGCUCACUCGGCCGGAUGAGAACGUGACCCUAAUGGCCCGCACCAAGCAGGGCAUGCUGGAGUCGAACUUCGAUAAGGAGCUGCUGAAGAUGUUCCAAGAGGUGUACUACUGGGAGAAGAUCCAGGGCAGUGGCAUCGUAGUGCCCUACGCUGCCCACGAGCUGGCCUCUCAGCGCGACGCGCUGCGGGUGACCCGCGAGCACGUCCUGCGCGUGGUUCGUGACUACAACCAAAUCCUGCUGGCCCUGGCUCCCGAGGAGAAGCGUCUGUUCAACCACCACAUCCGCACUCUGGAUCGCAAGAUCGGCCCUGGCCUCAACAAGUACACGUGGGACAAGGGAACCUUGAUCAAGGACCUCUUUGUGAAAGAGAGCUGCAAGGAGUGCGCGAAGGUGUACGACUUUGUGAAGCAGUUUCAGAGGAACCAUGCCGAGAUCCUUGGCAUUUGCAGGCAGGUGUCAGAGAUGCACCUGAUCAAGAUUGAGAAGAAGACCGUUCAUCGUGAUGAUGAGUUCCGCGACGUGCAGGAGAAGCGCAGAGAGUGGGCGCAGAAGAAAUUCAGGGAGGACCACGAGAAGAUUACAGAGCUAAUGCUGAGCUCAUACCAGUAUUUUGAGGCGCACCCUCAGGACAUCCAGCGAGAAUGGUGGAAGAACUAUGUGGAGAAGAUAGACAAGAAGAUAGAGGAAGCCUUGAAGAAAACUGUAAAGACAAGUCUGCAGGAGCUCUGCAAGGCCCUCAACGGGGACAACAAGACUGAGCCAGCGCCGCUCUUCAAGAUUCAGGCUGUCCUGGACGAUACCAAAAUGGAUUUCAGCCCGCCCAUGCAACAGCUCAAAGAUCUCGUGCACUCAGCUUGCCGUGACAUGACCAUGACGCUCAAUGUAGUCCCUCGCCUAGGGGAGCACUUAGUGGCUGUUUCCACGGAGAAGGCCAAAGCCCGUAAGGUUCAGCUCGAAGAUGCCGGUGACUUCGCGCAGGCGAAUGCCAUCCAGAUCGACAAAAUUCAAAGUUUUUUGGAUCCUGCGAAAAAGACCAAGAAAAGUUUCUACGAGAUCAUCUCAUCGGAUGAGGAGUGUUGUAUCAAAUAUAUCAAGGAUGUCUUGAAAGGCUUGAACCAGUGUGCGGUGAGGCUCGGCGAGAAGCUCAAGUGGUGGAGCAGUAUGUUUCAGCAGAUCGUUUCGCAGGACAAGGACACCUUCAUCAGGCGAUACAAGAAGCAGCAGAGGUCGCUCACCAUCAUUGGACAGGACAUCGAGAAAUACAAGGAUACUGCUCAGGACAUUGAGAACGAACCCCCAAAGCAUAUCCAAGAGUUCAUCGAGACUGACUUCACACCGCUGAAAACAAAGCUCAUGGAACAUUGCCAAGAGUGGCAGCACAAGCUCACCGAUCUGCUAAACGAGGAUGCCCGCACUGAAAUGAACAAGUUACUGGAGGUUUUCGAAACUAAUACCAACAUAUUCCAAUUCUGA